GAGGUACCCACCGGAGGAGGAAGAGGGGAAAGAAGUGCAGUCACCCGCCCACCGCAGGAGACCAGGGGGGGAUGUUCCACAGGUUCCACAGGUUCCACCAUCCUGGAUUUACAGCCAUUUCGAGGAUAUUUCAGGAGUAACGCGACUUUUUUUUUGUGUGGAUUUUAUUGUUUUAAAGCAGCACGUGAUACUGUGGGAGUUAAGCUAACAUCCGGAAAAACCCUGCUCACCACCAAGAGAAGUUCAAGCCCCUCAUGAUUCAACGCUAUUUCCACCUGAGUGGCUGAAGAUUCAAGGAACAAACAAUGGAUCCAAACCUGUAUGGGGGAGUCCCCAGGUUUCUGACUCGCCCAAAGGCGUUCUCGGUGUGUGCAGGCAAAGAUGCCAACCUCAGCUGCACCAUCGUGGGCAGUCCCACCCCACUGAUCACCUGGGAGAAGGACAAGUUGAAGCUGACGUCUGGGGGGCGCUUCAAGACGGUGGAUGAUGGAGAUGUGUACCGCUUGACCAUCUACGACUUAACGCUGGAGGAUGGCGGACAGUACAUGUGCCGGGCCAAAAACAGCGUUGGGGAAGCUUAUGCUGCGGUAACCGUUAAAGUGGCUCUGCCUACAGAGAUGGCUCAGAGGGCCCCCGUGUUCAUGAUGAAGCCCACCUCUGCACGUGUAGGCUUGGGAGGCGAUGUUGUUUUCCACUGCCGGGUUGCAGCUCACCCUGAUGCCAACUUUGACUGGGAAAAGGACGGGCGCUACCUGGGGGAGUCAAACCGCAUCAAGAUCGUCUCUGACACCGACGGCAGCAUUUUGAAGAUCCAAAGCGUACGAAACCUGGACACCGGCACCUACACCUGCAGAGCCCAGAACACUGUUGGCCGUGCACAUGCUGCCGCAGCUCUCGUCGUAGAUGCCCAGGAUUCCCAUCAUCUGUCCGCAGAUAAGAACACCUCCCUCCUCUCUCACCUCCAAAAGCGCAAAGAGGAAAUGAAUAAGGACAUCUCCAUCUAUCGCACUGAAGAGAAGAGCUCCUCUGUUUCUUCUUCUACCACAGAUGGUUUCAGUUCUCUGAGUCUGGAAAAUGCGCUGAGGGCAUCUGCACUGGCACAGCUGCCCAAAGGUGUAUUCACCCGUACCUGCACCGUGACUGAGGGCAAACACGCCAAACUUAGCUGCUUUGUGACGGGUCACCCUAAACCCCACAUUAUCUGGAGGAAGGAUGGGAUGAACAUCGGUGAAGGCCGCAGGCAUGUCAUUUAUGAGGACCAGGCAGAGAACUUCAUCCUCAAGGUCCUGUACUGCAAGCAGACUGAUAAUGGCCUCUACACCUGCAAUGCAACCAAUAUGGCCGGGCAGACCUACAGUGCUGUGUUGGUGACAGUCAAAGAGCCCAAAGUGCCGUUCAGGAGGAAGUUGCAGGACAUGGAGGUCCAGGAGAAAACAUCGGCCACACUGAUGUGUGAGGUGCCUGUUGUUGCCACCCAUGCCCACUGGUUCAUGGAGGAAACAAGGCUGGAGCAAAAUACCAAAUAUUGCAUGGAGGAGGAGGGCACCCUGCGUCGUCUCACCAUUCACAAUGUCACCACCAACGAUGACGGUGUUUAUAUCUGCGAAAUGAAAGAAGGCAGUCGCACCGUGGCCGAGCUCACUGUUCUGGGCAAUAUUACCAAGAAGCUCCCCCGGCGGACGGUGGUUCCUGUCAGCGAUACGGUCAUUUUCUGUGUGGAGCUGGAGCAUCCCUGCCCGGAUGCCUACUGGACCCGCAAAGGGGAGAAGCUGAGGGAAGAUUCCCGAAUUUCCAUAGCCUGUGUGCUCAGGCAGUACACGCUCACCAUUAGAGAUUGCCAGGCUGAAGACUCAGGUGAAAUCGCCUUUGUGGCUGGAGACUGCAAGACGUCCACUCGAUUCACUGUCACAGCUGCAAGAAAACAUCCCCCCGAUCCCCCAGUCAAUGCUGUGGUGCUGAACAAGACUGACUCAUCCAUCACCAUUCAGUGGUCUCCUCCUGACAGCGAUCGCCCAGUGCCCAUUAAGUGCUACAUUGUGGAGAGGAGGAAGGUUGGCACUCAGACAUGGCAGAGGUGCAACGCUGGAGAAACCAUUGUUUCCACAGAGAUCACCGUCUGCAACUUCACAGAAGAAUCCAGCUUCCAAUUCCGUAUCUCUGCCAUAAAUGACUUUGGCCAGAGCCCCCACCUGGAGGUGCCUGGAAGCUUCUACCUUGAACCCACUGCAGAGAUAAGGAAAGGCCUGAUGAACAGCACUGCAAACUCUGGCGAGGAGUUCUCUGUCGCCAUCGAGCUGUCUGCUGUUUGUUCUGGUUUCUGGUACAUAAAUGGCCGCCUCCUGCGUAGUGGAGCUGACUACCUCAUCACCAAGUCCAAGACCACACACACUCUGCUCUUCCGUGUUAUGACCAUGGAAUUUAAUGGAGCUGAAGUCAAGUUUGUUGGUGGAGGCUCACAAAGCAGUUGCAUCUUAUCUGUGAAAGCCCCUCGCGUUAGGUUCAUAAACAAGUCCGAUCUGACAGAGGUGGUGACCUGCACUGCCCAAUCCACUGCUCAGCUGACUGCUGAGGUGUCGGAUUACGAAACACAGGUGGUUUGGAUGAAGAACGGGCGAGAGGUGAAAAUGGGCAAGAAGUAUGAAUAUGUCAUCAUUGACCGCAAGAGGAUCCUGACGGUACACAAUGUUACUGAAGAGGAUGUGGGCGUCUACGAGUGUGUUUUAGCUGAGGACAAGAUGUCCCUGCAACUCUCUCUUAAAGAUGAACCUGCCAAGUUCCUGAACAAGGCCAGAGGUGCCAUGGGACUGUCAUCGUCCCUUAAAGGAGAUCUUGAGCUGAGCUGCGAGGUAUCUCCUGCCAGCGCUGCCGUUGUGUGGAGAAAAGAUCAGGUGGAGAUCACUGAGGACCAAAGAACUGCCAUGAUCUCCAAAGGGACUCAAAGGAAACUCGUCAUCAAGAACGCCAAGAAAAGUGACGAAGGACAUUACUCCUGUGAGACGGCAGCAGACAAAGUCACAUUCCAGGUCAAGAUAAAAGAAACUCAAGCCGUUGCUGCCUUCUCUGACAAAGAGUCAGUCCAGAAAGAGGUGAAGGCCACUCUCUCGCAGAAAGCAACUCUUAGUUGCAGUGUGUCUGACAGCAAGACAGAGGUCAAAUGGUAUAAAGAUGGCAAGCAGCUGAUAUCCAGCAGGACCAUAUACUCAGAAGUAAAAGGCACUGCUCGUCAGCUGGUGUUUGAAAAGGUGGAGAAGAGUGAUGCUGGAGAAUAUACCUGUGAAGCUGGCGGGGAUAAGCUGGUCUUCAAGAUAUCUGUUUCAGAGGCCCAGGCAGCCUUCUUCAACAAAGAGUCAGUCCAGAAGGAGGUGAAAGCUACUCUCUCACAGAAAGCUAUUUUAAGCUGUGAGGUAGCAGAUAGCAAGACAGAGGUGAAGUGGUACAAGGAGGCCAAGCUGCUGACCUCCAGCAAGACAAUCCAUGCAGAGUCGAAAGGCCAGAGUCGCCAGCUGGUUAUCGACAGUGUGGAGAAGAAGGAUGCUGGAGAGUACAUCUGUGAAGCCGGGACAGAGAAGCUUGCUUUUAAGAUUCAGGUGGAAGAGCGGAAGUCAUUCUUCUCCAACAAGGAGUCGGUUCAGAAGGAGGUGAAAGCAACGUUCUCCCAGAAAACCACUCUGAGCUGUGAGGUUUCUGAUUCCAAGACAGAGGUGAAGUGGUACAAGGACGGCAAACUGCUGACUUCUAGCAAGACUAUUCAUACAGAGUCUAAGGGCAAAUGUCGCACGCUGGUGAUCGACAGCGCUGAGAAGAAGGAUGCUGGAGAGUACAUGUGUGAGGCUGGGACUGAGAAGUUGGUCUUCAAGCUCCAGGUGCCAGACACACAGAUCCAAUUGGCAUUCUCUAACAAAGAGUCAGUCCAGAAGGAGGUGAAAGCCACUCUCUCACAGAAAGCCAUUUUAAGCUGUGAGGUAGCUGAUACGAAGACAGAAGUGAAAUGGUACAAGGAUGGAAAGCUCCUCACAUCAAGCAAGACCAUUCAUGCAGAGUCAAAGGGCAAGAGUCGCCAGCUGGUGAUGGACAGCGUGGAGAAGAAGGAUGCUGGAGAGUACAUCUGUGAGGCUGGGACUGAGAAGUUGGCCUUUAAGAUUCAGGUGGCAGUUACUUCUACACAAAUCGGUGCUAAAUCUGGUUCCCUCAAAAAAGAGUCUGUCCAGAAGGAGGUGAAAUCCACUCUCCUCGAGCCAGGCACUCUGAGCUGGGAAGUAGUUGAUAACACGACAGAGGUGAAAUGGUACAAAGAUGGCAAACUGCUGAGUCCCAGCAGUCCAGUUGCCUUGGAAUCAAAGGGCAAGAUUCAUCAACUGGUGGUGGACAGUGUAGAGGAGAAAAAUGCGGAGGAGCACAUCUGUGAGGUCCGAACAGAAAGUUUGGCAUUUAAAGAACAGGUGACAGAGAUUCAAGUCAAAUCGGCCUUCUCCAAAAAGGAAUCAGUCCAAAAGGAGGUGAAAGCCACUCUCUCACAGAAAGCAAUUUUAAGCUGUGAGGUAGCUGAUACCAAGACAGAAGUGAAAUGGUACAGGGAUGGAAAGCUGCUGACCUCCAGCAAAACAGUUCAUGCAGAGUCAAAAGGCCUGAGUCGCCAGCUGGUGAUCGACAGCGUGGAGAAGAAGGAUGCUGGAGAGUACAUCUGUGAGGCUGGGACAGAAAAGCUGGCCUUUAAGAUUCAGGUGGCAGAAGCCCCGGCUGGCUUCUCCAACAAGGAGUCCGUCCAGAAGGAGGUGAAAGUUACUCUCUCCCAGAAAGCCACCUUGAGCUGUGAGGUCUCUGAUUCCAAGACAGAAGUGAAGUGGUAUAAGGACGGCAAGCUGCUGACUUCCAGCAAAGCAGUUCACAUGGAGUCAAAGGUCAAGAGUCGUGAGCUGGUGAUUGAAAAAAUAGAGAAAAAAGAUGCUGGAGAAUACACCUGUGAGAUUGGAACAGAGAAGCUGGUAUAUAAGCUGCAUGUGACAGAAGAAGCUGUCAAGUUCCAGAAGAAGUCUGUCAAAGACACAUGUAUUGUUCAAGCAAGUGAAAACAUUGUUUUGACCACUGAGCUGACCUCGGAGAGUGGAAGUGUGAAGUGGUUGAGAGAUGGUGUGGAGAUCAAAGAGGGCAGAAAGUAUGAAAUGAAAAAAGAGGGACAUUGUCGUACCUUGAUAGUAAAUUCCACCGAAACUAAAGACAGCGGAACGUACUCCUGUCAAACUGCUCAUGACAAACAGGAGUUCAAAGUUCAGGUCAAAGAAUCAGCUUUGAAGUUUGUUGUCCCCCUGAAGUCUGUCGAUGUGGAGUUGGGUGGGACACUUAGUCUGAUGUGUGAGCUCAAUCAUGCCUCAGGUGAUGUUGUCUGGCACCAUGAUGGCCGUGAGAUUAAACCUGGAGGAAGGAACUGUGUCAGGACAGAUGGUGCUAAGCGGGUCCUCACUGUGACUGGCAUGACGAAGGAAGAUGAAGGAGAAUAUAGCUGUGAAUGUCGAAAUGACAAGACCUCUGCCAAAAUCUCCUCUAAAGUGCCCAGAGUAGUGAGGCUGACUACUAAACUCAAUAAUGUGGCUGCAAUGGAGGGAAAAGACGCCAUCUUCAAAUGCGCUGUCACUCCAGCAGACGUCAAUGUCAAGUGGUUCCACAACAGCAUACCCAUCACUGCCGGGCCAAAGUAUAAGAUAGAGCACGGUGGGAACACUCACUCACUCACCAUAACCUCUGUCACCCAAAAAGAUGCUGGAGAGAUUAGCGUUGAUGCAGAAGGCAAAAGCUGCAAAGCUACUUUACAAGUGCAACAUGAGCCUGUAACCUUUAAGAAGAAGCUGGAAAACCUGACAGUGGAGGAGCAGAGUGAAGUGAAGAUGGAGGUGGAGCUCAGUAAGAAAUCGGAUGAAGUCAGGUGGAUGAAGAAUAGCAUUGUGUUGCAGGCUGCAGGAAACUUGGAGAUUCGGGUAGAUGGAGCCAAGCAGGCUCUGGUCUUCAAGAGCGUGACUCAUGGUGAUCGUGGCAUCUACUCCUGUGAAACUCUGGAUGACAAGACCCAGGCCAAGCUCACUGUAGAAAUGAAGAAGAUCCAGGUAAUAAAGGGCCUUCCAGAAACCAAGGCACAUGAGACAGAGACAGUGACACUUGAGGUAGAGCUCAGCCAGGCGGAUGUUGAAGGCUCCUGGACCAGGGAUGGGUCCAAGUUAAAGCCAGGGGCCAACUGUCGUAUCACAGCACUGGGAAAGAAGCACGCUCUUACGCUGUCCAAUCUUAAGAGAGACGAUGCAGGAACUAUUUCCUUCCAAGCUGAGGGUGUCCAUACAUCAGGCAAACUGAUUGUCACAGAACCGCCUGCUAUGAUCUCCACACCCAUUAUCGAUAUGAGUGUUCCUGAGAAGGAGAAGGUUACUUUUGAAUGUGAAGUGUCCAGAACAAAUGCAGAUGUUAAAUGGUUCAAGGAUGAUGUGGAACUGAAACCAGGGAAAAACUAUGGCAUCCAUUUGUUGGGCAGAAAGCGCACUUUGGUCAUCAGCAAAUGCACCCCUGCAGAUACAGGCAGUUACGUCUGUCGAACCACUGAUGAUAACACGUCUGCCAAGCUCAUCGUUCAUGCCAGAGAUAUCAAGAUAAUUAAGAAACUGGAGGAUGUGGAGGUGAUGGAGAAGGAGAGUGCUGCAUUCGUCUGUGAAAUCUCACACGAUGAAGUGGACUGUCAGUGGUACAAAGGAAGUACUAAAGUCAAAGUGAGUGACAACAUUAAGAUGAGACAAGAGGGCAGAACCUAUGUACUGCUGUUUAAGUCUGUUUCCCCAGAGGAUAUGGGUGAUAUUAAAUUUACAGCUGAGAAGACCUCUUCAUCUGCAAAACUCAAAGUGAAAGAGCUGCCAGUCAAGUUUGUGAAGAGACUCAGGGAUAAGAUAGCGAUGUUUAAGCAUCGUGGUCAUCUCGAAUGCCAAGUGUCACGUGCCAGUGCAAAGGUGAAGUGGUACAAGAACAAGACAGAAAUCAAACCCAGCAAGAAGCACGAGAUCAGAAGUGAAGAUGUGUACCGAAAACUCACCAUCAAUGAUGUGGACUCCGUGGACGAAGACACAUACACCUGUGACGCUACUGAUGACCAGACGUCCUGUAAACUGCUUGUAGAAGAGCAGUCCAUCAGCAUUGUGCGGGAGCUUAGUUCAGUAGAAGUGACAGAACCUUUCGCAGCUGUCUUUGAAGUUGAAAUCAGUAUGGAACUGGUGAAACCUCCUAUAUGGACUCUGAAUGGAGUUGCUGUGCAGGAGAGUGCAGAUGCUGAAAUGGAGAAAGAGGGCACGCUGCACCGUCUCACUUUCAAAAAGACCAAGGCAUCAAUGACAGGACCUGUGCAGUUUACAGCUGGGAAGAGCAAAUCUCUUGCCCAACUCACAGUAAAAGAGCGUCCACUUGAGAUUGCAGAGCCCAUUAAAGAUGUCAAGGCGAAGGAGAAAAGCUCUGCCCUGUUCUGCUGCAAAUUCUCCGUCGCAGCCAAAGAGGUGAACUGGUUUAAAGGUCAGGUACUUCUGGCAGCAUCAGACAAGUACAACAUGAAGAAAGACGGCACAAGGGCUCAGCUUACUAUUCAAGGGCUAACUGGAGAAGACAGCGGAGAGUACCGCUGUCAGUCCGGACCUGCUGAGACCAGAGGCACACUCACUGUCGAAGUGCGAGAAAUUAAAAUCACCAAGCACUUGGUCGACACAGAGGUUGAUGAAGACAGUGAUGCAGUGUUCACGUGUGAGAUUAACUACGCAGAUGAAGAGGCACAGUGGCUUCUGAAAGACAAGGUGCUCUUGACUAAUGAAGUCAACACCAUCUCUCAUGAGGGGAAGGUUCACAAGCUCAUGCUGAAGAACAUGGCUCCUCAGGACGGGGGGACCAUCACCUUUCAAGUGCGCAAGGUGAAAGAGUCUGUUACACUCAAAGUGAAAGAGAAGCUAGCUGUGUUCCUCAAGUCUCUCGAUGAUGUCAUCGGAGAGGAGAAAGGCAUGAUAACUCUGACAUGUGAGGCGUCCAAGCCCAGGGUUUCACCUAUAUGGAGAAAAGAAGGUAAAGUCUUGAAGGCUGGACCCAAGUAUGAGCUCCUCCACACAGGCAAGUCUUUGGGCCUGAUCAUCAAGGACGCCACCAAAGACGAUGCUGGGGAGUACAGUUGUGAUCUCGGAACUGAAGUUUCCAAGGCAAAGGUCACUGUAAGAGAGAUUGGCAUUGGAAUUACCAAAUGGCUUAAGUCUGCUGAGGUAAACGAGGGGGAGUCAUGCAGCUUUGAGUGCAUCUUAUCUCGUGAGAACACAGAUGAGUGCUCGUGGACUCUGAAUGGCAAAGCCAUUUCAAACGGAGGCCGUUUCAAUGUCACCAAUAAAGGCCGCAAGUACAUGCUAACCAUUAAGGAUGUCACCCCUGCCGAUGCUGGUGAGGUGGUCUUCAACAUUAAAGACUUGAGCACUAAAACCACAUUAACAGUUGAAGGCAGAGCUUCAUCUGUGUCCAAAGGACUGCAGAAUGUUAGCGCUGUUCAAGGGGAAGAUGCUUUAUUUACCUGUGAGGUGACACAGGCUAGAUCCACUGUAAAGUGGGCCAAGGAAGGCAAAGCCAUCAAGAAGAGCCAGAAGUACGACAUCAGCCAAGAGGAUAAGGUCAUGAAGCUCACCAUCCAUAUUGUCUCUGCCCAAGACUCAGGAGAGUACAGCUGUGAAGUCGUUGGAGGUGCAACCACCAAAGCCCAACUGGAAAUUAAGGCGCCAAUCCAUAAAUUCACUGAAGUGCUAAAGGACAGCCAGGCAGACGAGAAGAGCUCUGUGACCUUGCAGUGUGAGACAGCUCAAAGCCCAUCCACAGUGAUUUGGCUUAAAGGGCACACAGAGCUCAAGGCAGGAGGUCGAUAUGAGAUGUCCCAGAAAGAGCGGGUCUUAACUCUCACCAUCAAACAGCUGGAGGAUAAAGACACAGAUAUCUACACCUGUGAUGUGAUCACUGCUAAGAACAUGGCAAAGGUGACAGUCAAAGCCCUGCCUGCCACUUUUAAAGAAAAACUCAAGAACCAAGAUAAAAAAGAAGGGGAGACUGUGACACUUUGUUGCGAGUUAUCAAAACCUGCGACCGACAUUCAGUGGAAGAAAGGCUCUGAAAUUCUCAAAGCUGGAGAGAAGUAUGAGAUGAAGCAGAAGCACACUGCUGUGGAACUUCAAAUCAAAGAUUUGAAGGUUGAAGAUAGUGGAGAGUACUCUUGUGUGUGUGUGGACCAGAAGACAUCUGCAACUGUGAAAGUCAAUGCAUUACCACCGACCUUCAUACAGAAGUUGAAGACUCAGGAGGCAGAGGAGGGAGUGGAUAUAACUCUCCAGUGUGAGCUCUCCAAACCUGGAGUCUCAGUGGAGUGGAAGAAGGGAACUCAGGUGCUGAAGUCUGGAGAGAAGUACCAGAUGAAGCAGAAAGCCUCUGUGAAUGAACUGCUGCUCAACAGAGUGGUGCCAGAGGACAGUGGAGACUACAGCUGUGUGUGUGGAGACCAGACGACCACAGCCAGUCUCAAGAUCAAGGCCCAACCAGUGACCUUCAAACAGAAGUUGGAGACUCAGGAAGCUGAGGAGGGAGCCAGCGUCACUCUGCACUGUGAGCUCUCCAAACCUGGAGUCUCAGUGGAGUGGAAGAAGGGAACUCAGGUGCUAAAGUCUGGAGAGAAGUACCAGAUGAAGCAGAAAGCCUCUGUGAAUGAACUGCUGCUCAACAGAGCGGUGUCAGAGGACAGUGGAGACUACAGCUGUGUGUGUGGAGACCAGACGACCACAGCCAGUCUCAAGAUCAAGGCCCAACCAGUGACCUUCAAACAGAAGUUGGAGACUCAGGAAGCAGAGGAGGGAGUCAGCGUCACUCUGCACUGUGAGCUCUCCAAACCUGGAGUCUCAGUGGAGUGGAAGAAGGGAACUCAGGUCCUGAAGUCUGGAGAGAAGUACCAGAUGAAGCAGAAAGCCUCUGUGAAUGAACUGCUGCUCAACAAAGUGGUGCCAGAGGACAGUGGAGACUACAGCUGUGUGUGUGGAGACCAGAAGACCACAGCUAGUCUCAAGAUCAAGGCCCAACCAGUGACCUUCAAACAGAAGUUGGAGACUCAGGAAGCUGAGGAGGGAGCCAGCGUCACUCUGCACUGUGAGCUUUCCAAACCUGGAGUCUCAGUGGAGUGGAAGAAGGGAACUCAGGUGCUGAAGUCUGGAGAGAAGUACCAGAUGAAGCAGAAAGCCUCUGUGAAUGAACUGCUGCUCAACAAAGUGGUGCCAGAGGACAGUGGAGACUACAGCUGUGUGUGUGGAGACCAGACGACCACAGCCAGUCUCAAGAUCAAGGCCCAACCAGUGACCUUCAAACAGAAGUUGGAGACUCAGGAAGCUGAGGAGGGAGCCAGCGUCACUCUCCAUUGUGAGCUCUCCAAAUCUGGAGUCUCAGUGGAGUGGAAGAAGGGAACUCAGGUCCUGAAGUCUGGAGAGAAGUACCAGAUGAAGCAGAAAGUCUCUGUGAAUGAACUGCUGCUCAACAAUGUGGUGCCAGAGGACAGUGGAGACUACAGCUGUGUGUGUGGAGACCAGAAGACCACGGCUAGUCUCAAGAUCAAGGCCCAACCAGUGACCUUCAAACAGAAGUUGGAGACUCAGGAAGCUGAGGAGGGAGCCAGCGUCACUCUGCGCUGUGAGCUCUCCAAACCUGGAGUCUCAGUGGAGUGGAAGAAGGGAACUCAGGUCCUGAAGUCUGGAGAGAAGUACCAGAUGAAGCAGAAAGCCUCUGUGAAUGAACUACUCAUCAACAAAGUGGUGCCAGAGGACAGUGGAGACUACAGCUGUGUGUGUGGAGACCAGAAGACCACAGCUAGUCUCAAGAUCAAGGCCCAACCAGUGACCUUCAAACAGAAGUUGGAGACUCAGGAAGCUGAGGAGGGAGCCAGCGUCACUCUGCACUGUGAGCUCUCCAAACCUGGAGUCUCAGUGGAGUGGAAGAAGGGAACUCAGGUGCUGAAGUCUGGAGAGAAGUACCAGAUGAAGCAGAAAGCCUCUGUGAAUGAACUGCUGCUCAACAAAGUGGUGCCAGAGGACAGUGGAGACUACAGCUGUGUGUGUGGAGACCAGACGACCACAGCUAGUCUCAAGAUCAAGGCCCAACCAGUGACCUUCAAACAGAAGUUAGAGACUCAGGAAGCAGAGGAGGGAGCCAGCGUCACUCUCCAUUGUGAGCUCUCCAAACCUGGAGUCUCAGUGGAGUGGAAGAAGGGAACUCAGGUGCUGAAGUCUGGAGAGAAGUACCAGAUGAAGCAGAAAGCCUCUGUGAAUGAACUGCUGCUCAACAAAGUGGUGCCAGAAGACAGUGGAGACUACAGCUGUGUGUGUGGAGACCAGACGACCACAGCUAGUCUCAAGAUCAAGGCUGUGAAGCUGUCCGCUCCUCUUUCAGCUGAUCAAUUGGGGUCUAAAAGGCAGGAGACCAAGGAAACAAUGGGAGCUGCUAAAGACAAUCAAAUCAGGCAGGAGAUCCGAGAAACAGUGGAAGCUGUGACUGUGGUAACUACUGGGCAGACUCCUUCACUGCAGCUCCUCAAACAGGAGAUUCAGAGGGAUUCACAAGAGCUGAGAGUGGGAGGUGAAGUUGAGAAGACUUCUGCAGGAGUAUCUGUGAAACAAGAUACAGAGAAGCAGGGGACCAAAGAGCCAGUAAAAGUUACAACAGAGAAGUCCUCAGCUUCAGCAGUGACGUCCAAAGCUGAAUCUGAGAAGCAGGAAUCCAAACAGAGAGUUGAAGUUCUUCCAGCCACAGUCAUUCAAGACCUUGAGGGCCAGGAGGCUGAAGAGGGAGCUAGUGUCACUCUGCAUUGUGAGCUUUCUAAACCCGGACUCACUGUCGAAUGGAAGAAGGGAAGUCAAGUCCUGACGUCUGGAGAAAAGUACCAGAUGAGACAAACAGGAUUCAAUUAUGUGCUACAGAUCCAUGAUCUGACACCUGGAGACACAGGAAACUACUCAUGCUGUUCAGAGGACGCAAUAAGCUCAGCUGCUGUUGCAGUAAAUGCUGCCCCAGUCAUAUUUACAAAAGAGCUGGAAAAUCUGACGGCUGAAGAGGGGGACAGUGUCACACUGAACUGUGAGCUUUCUAAACCUGGUGUUUCUUUGGAGUGGCGGAAAGGAGAACUUGGUCUUUGUCGUUGUGCCAAAUAUGAAAUUAGACAAACAGGACAAAUCGCCACUCUGCUAAUCCAUGAUGUAGAUCCAGAGGAUUCUGGGAGUUACACAUGUGACACUGGUGGACGUCAGAGCACUGCACAUCUAGCUGUGAUGGCCCAGCCUGUCCUUUUCAAAACUCAGCUGCAGAAGGUUGAAAGACAGGCAGGGGAGAUCGCUAUUCUUCGCUGUGAGACCACAAAACCCGGUGCAAUUGUUGCCUGGAGGCAUGGUGACAGAGAGCUGGCAUCCAGCAGCAAGUACCACCUGAAACAGGAAGGGACUGUAGUGGAGCUUGUCAUCUAUAAACUGCAGGGAGCUGACUCUGGAGAAUAUUCCUGUGAUACAGGCAGUCAAAGGACGUCAGCUGUCCUCACUGUGCAGGAGGUCGAGAUUACCAUACUGAAAUUCUUGGAGAGCUCAGUUGUCUAUGAGGGGGAAGAUGUCCACUUUGAGUGUCUGGUCUCUCAUGAUGAGGCACCUCUGGCCCAGUGGAAACUCCAGGACGUCCCACUACAGAAUAAUGAAAUGAACCUGAUCAAGACUGAGAGGCGAGUACACAGCCUCACACUCAGAGGUGUCACCACAACCGACUCAGGAUCAGUUACUUUCACUGUGGGAAACCACACUUCAACGGCUUCUCUCACAGUCAGAGCAGCUGCUCCAGUGUUAUUCAAGAAGGAGCUGGAAAGUCAAGAGGCCACAGAAGGAGGCAAAGUCACCCUGUCCUGCGAAACAUCCAGCCCUGAUUGCAAGGUAGCCUGGUGCAAGGGCUCGUCUGAACUCGCCCAUGGGGAGAAGUACACCAUUGAGCAGGGAGGAACCACUCACAGCCUGGUCAUACACAAGCUGAAAGUGGAGGAUAGUGGAGAAUACACCAGCCAUGCAGGGGACAAGAAGAGCACUGCUACCCUGACUGUGAAAGAGCGUGUGCGCAUCAUCCGAGAACUCUACGAUAUCACUGUCACCACUGGGCAGGAUGCCGUCUUUGAAGUUGAGCUGUCACACUCGGGCGUGACAAACGGAGAAUGGUGGCUCGCAGACAACCUCCUCCAGAAUAAUGAUUUGAAUCAAAUGAGCAGCCAGGGCAGAGUGCACCGUUUGGCCCUGAAGAUGGUAACCACGGAGGAAUCAGGAGAUGUUGCCUUCGUAGUGGGAGAAGAGAAAAGUGUGGCCUGUCUGCUGGUGGAGGAGAAACCCAAAGUGAAAAUCAUAGAGAAGCCGCACAACACUUUGGUAAUCGAGGGUGAAACUGUCACUCUGGCCUGCACCAUCUCUGACCCCAAGGCCACAGUCACCUGGAUCAGAAACGACGUGGCCAUCCAAGCGGGUCUCAAGUAUGACCUGAAGAAGAAUGGAGCUUUCCAUCAGCUUUGUAUCCUCAACGGGGUGCCUGAGGACUCAGGAGUGUACACGUGUGACACUGGAGAUGCACAAUGUGAUGUCACGGUGACCGUGGAAGGUGCCCCGGUGUUCUUCCGGAAAGAGCUAAAGAACGAGGAUGCCAUAGAGGGUGAUGAUUCUACCCUGCACUGUGAGCUGUCUAAGCCAGGUGUUUGUGUUGAGUGGAGGAAAGGAGGCAUUGUCCUCGAGCCCGGUAAGAAGUAUAAGAUGAGGCAGGAAGGGUGCAUUCAAGAGCUCUGUAUAAGUAACUUGGAUCCUGAAGACAGUGGCUACUACACCUGUGACGCAGGAGACCAGCUCACUACGGCUUCUUUGGCAGUGCAAGUGAAAGAAGUCUUCAUUGUUUGUGGUCUUAAGACCACCGACGUCUUUGUUGGGGAAUGGGCAACCUUCUCCUGCCAGCUGUCUGGUAGGGCACCUGGCAAGGUGGAGUGGUGGCUGGAUGGCACCUUGUUGGAAAACAGCCCUUUUAGUGAGAUAGGGCUGAGCCAGGGCCACAUCUACACACUGACCUUAAAGAACCUGGCCACAGACGACUCUGGCACUGUCACGUUCAAAGCUGACAGUUUAACAUCAAGCUCCAAGCUCUUAGUCAAAGAUCCCACAGUUGAAGUGGUGAGCGAGAUGGAGGACCUUUGUGUGGUCGAAAACCAACCGGCUGAGUUCAUCUGCCAGUAUUCACGGCCGGUCAAGGCUCAGUGGAAGAAAGACGGGCAGCCAUUGCAGCCUGAUGGCCGAAGGGUGGUGGUGGAGCAGGACUGGAAUGUGGCUCGCUUGUACAUUAGCAGUGUGUCCACUGAGGACAAGGGCACAUACUCCUGUGAGGCAGAGGGGACCAGUGUGGUAGCUUCACUUCAUGUGGAAGGCAAACCUAUAACUAUUGUUCAGGGCCUGGAGAAUGCAGAAACCUUUGAUGGAGGUGAAACACUAUUCGAGUGUGCCCUGUCUCGUCCUGAGUCCAAAGACUGCCACUGGUUUCUCGAUGGCAAACCAGUGAAGGAAUCUCGUAAUGUUGAGAUUGUGUCAUUUGAGAGUGGCCGUCGUCACCUGCUCCUGCUGAAGGAGUUGCACGUUAAAGACAGUUGCACAGUGACCUUCAAAGCUGGGACAGCAUCCACAUCUGCACAACUCUCUGUCAAGGGAUGGCAGCUGGAUGUUGUGAAGGGUCUGGAAGACAAAGUCGCUGCCGUUGGAGAGAAGGUUGAAUUUUGUGUGGAGCUGACUGAACCCAUCCCCGUGGCAGAAGUAGCCUGGUAUGCUAACGGGGUUGAGAUCAAGCCCAGCGAUCUCUGGGCUAUGAGGGCUGAUGGCUGUUCCUAUCGCCUUGUCCUGAGACAUGCACCACUUCUGCCCCAGCAGGAAAUUACAUUUGCUGCUAGAGAUGCUCUCUCUUUGGCCAAGCUCACUAUCAUCACUGUACCCGAUCCCCCAGAGGACCCAGAAGUCCUCAGUAAGACCAAACAGUCUAUAACCCUCUCUUGGUUCACUCCGCUACAUGAUGGAGGGAGUCCUAUUCUUGGCUACAGAGUGGAGUUGCGGCUGGUAGACAGCGCCCUCUGGCUUCCGUGUCAGCCCGAACCCGUGUGUAACACAGAGUUUUUGGUUGAAAAUCUUAUCCCCGGGAGUGGCUACAGGUUUAGAGUGGCAGCCAUCAACAUAGCUGGGACUGGAGAGCCUGUAGAGCUGCCUCAGACUGUGCAGCUUGAGGCACCUACACCGCCACCAACUACUCCAGAGGCACCUACACAGCCACCAACUAGUCCAGGUACAGAGGUAAAACAGGGAGAGCAAGAGGCCCUGGGGCAGCCCAAUCUGCCUCCAGAGGCUGCUGAGGAAGGUGAUGUCCAUGAGCUGUGGGAGGCUUCGGCUAAGAAACGUCGCAUGAGUCGAGAGCCCACUUUGGACUCCAUCACUGAACACCCUGAAGACGAUGGUAAAGGUGGUAAAAAACAAUCUGACCAGAAGGAUCUAAAGUCCUCAGAGAAAGUGGAAACAAAAUCUGUAGAGAAGGAGCAGGCCGUUGUGUCUAAGAAGCAGACAGAGUCCAACUUGUGCACCAGCUCUGAGGAUCAAUCUCUUUCAGGGGGUGCAACACUUGUGUCCUACCUCAAGACGAGCAGCACAUCUUCUGUCACAGCCGUCAAUGAAGGACAGACAAUGACCACUGAGAGGUUCUUUGCACAUUUCCAGAUGGCAGAUCAGAAAACAGUGCAGCAAACUGAAGUGAAAACAACCACAGUUCAUCAGUCAGAUAAUAAACAGGUAACUACAGAGGAGACAGACAUCAUGGAGAUCAGUAAAGAGGAUGAGCCUGAGCUCAGAGAUGCUGCCAUCAAAAUUCAAGCUGCCUUCAAGGGGUACAAGGCCCGUAAGGACAUGCGUCCUGUCUUCAAAGAUGUCUUCAAAGAUCAGACCAAAGAACCAAAUGGCACCAUCCAUCUGGAAUGUGUGGCGGAAGGUAAACCUGAAAAGGUGCGUUGGCUGAAGGAUGGUGAACCACUAACGGAUGGCAAGCACCACCAUAUUGAUAUCUAUAACGAUGGCACUUGCUCACUGGUCAUCACUGCCAUCACCACAAAGGAUACAGGAGUUUACACUUGUGAAGUCACCAACAAGUUUGGAGUCAACUCUCAUAGCGGUAAGGUCACAGUAGGGACAGUGAGAGAAUCCUCUGGGCGACGGCCACUGACGGUGGGCUACAGUGCGGACAGUGAGCCUGAGAGCUCCUCAGGUAGUGAGAUGGACGAGUCCCUGAGGAAGGCGAGCAGACGUCUCCGCCGCCUGUUGCGCACAUGUCUCCCACCAGAUGUUGAGGAAGAACCAUUUGUCAGUGCAGAUGAAGGAGACCUGCGAGCCCCAGAUCCUCAGUCUUACCGUGAGGAUGACAAUUACAUCUACAUUCGCUUUGAUUCACGGACAGAGGCUGAAGUCGCCUCUAAGAGGUUCCAGGAGAUGUUUACAAUCCACGGGGUUCCUGUAGAGACAAACAUCCAGGAGGCCGGGCCUCUUAGAGUGGAGUUGAGAAUUAAAAAGGUGGGCUACAUCCAAGAUGGCACACAGACCCCCACACAAGAUAGACAACCUCCUGCAUUCAUGGCUGGAGCCCAGGCUGCCCCAGUUUUUCUGACAGAGCUACAAAGCCAGGAUGUUCCAGAUGGUUAUCCAGUUAGCUUUGACUGUGUUGUGAUUGGCAAGCCUCCUCCAACUGUUCGCUGGUUCAAAGAUGGCAAAGUGCUGGAGGAAAAUGACCAUUAUAUGAUAAAUGAAGAUCUGGAGGGCUGCCACCAACUCAUCAUCACCACUGUGCUGCCCACUGACAUGGGUGUCUAUCGCUGCACAGCUGAAAACAGCAGCGGCAUCGCAGCCACUAAGGCCGAACUCAGGGUUGACAUGUCUUGCAGCUCAGAUUAUGACACUGCUGCUGAUGCCACUGAGACAUCUUCAUAUGUCAGUGCCAAAGGCUACAUGUCCAGGGAAACUGAGACCUUUGAGUCUGUGGCUGAAGAUGAUCAGUUACCACAAGUUGUGGAGGACCUUCAUGAUGUUCGUGUUUGUCCAGGGUCACCUAUUGCUAAAAUGCAACUUAAAGUAAAAGGCUUCCCAAAACCCAGAUUGUACUGGUUCAAAGAUGGCCACCCUCUGCGGCCCUCAAAUAGGAUCCUGUUACUAACAGACAGAGAUGUUCACGGCCUGGAGAUUCUGGAGGUGAAGAAAGACGAUAUGGGGGAGUACUCUGCUUACAUCACUAAUUCAGCUGGUUCUGCUUACUCCUCCGCCAGACUGAUCGUUCUGGGUCCAGGGGAGAUUAUGCCAUUAGAUAAGAAAGACUUCAAAGAACCUCUGGUGCCACCACGCUUCCUUGAAAGGUUCAGCAACAGGAAGGUGAAACAAGGAGCGAGCAUUACGCUGUCUGUCAAAGUAGAAGGGUCUCCCACGCCCAUGGUCUCCUGGCUAAAGGAGGAGUCAUUGGAGGAUGUCCUGUGGAUUAAGCCUGAUACCAAGGGGUAUAAAAUAGCAGGCUCUGGACGCCAGCACAGCCUCAUCUUGAUGGAUGUGGGCACAGAGUACACUGGCGCCUACACCUGUAUCGCUACAAACAGAGCAGGACAGUCCAUCUGCACGGCCCACCUCGAGGUGGAUGAGACACCACAACAAAAGAAAGAGACUAAAGCCUCAGAGGUUCUUGGGAUUACAGUCAGUCCUCCAGAGGGAGAGGCUAGCGGUGGAAAAGAGGUAAAAGUAUCGUACCUAGGUGAAGUAGGAUCAGAGGAAUUCCUGAUGAAACUCACCUCCCAGAUCACUGAAAUGGUAUCAGCCAAGAUCACUCAAGACAGCUUACAGAAUCAUGAAGUGCUCCAGUGGAUGAAAUCUUGGCCCAAAAAUACCACUUCGUUACGCGUACCUGGCGUUGACAGUGACGAUGAGACCAAGACUCCAUCUCCGUCACCUCAUCACGGUCGCUCUCGUCCUCCCUCCCUCAUCGCUGACUCCUCCUCGGAGUCUGAUGAGGGAGACGCCAGGGGGGAGAUGUUUGAUAUCUACGUGGCAACAGCAGACUAUAACCCCACCAUAGCAAGCAAAGAAUCGAUCUCUCUGAAGGAGGGACAGUACGUUGAGGUUCUGGACUCAGCUCAUCCACUCAAAUGGUUGGUCCGAACCAAACCGACCAAAAUGACACCAUCCCGCCAAGGCUGGGUCUCACCUGCCUACUUGGACAAGAAACUAAAACUCUCAGCUGAUGCGGGUGACCUUCCAGAGACAAGUUCAGAGGAGGUUUCUGAGGGUGAAUACAAGAGGAAAUUAUUCCAACUGAUCCAGGAGAUGAUAAAUGGAGAAUCAGAGUUUGUAAAGGAGGUCGACUUCUUUACCUCCCAUCACAUGAAGCACGCAGACAUCCCUGAUGCACCGCCUGACGUCAACAGUCAAAAGGAAACAAUAUUCAGGAACAUUGAUGAUAUCAAGUCCUUCCACAGCAGGGCGUUCCUCCCGAAGUUGAACGACUGUGACACAGAUGAUGAUGUUGCCAUGUGCUUCCUGAGGAGUAAGGAGGGCUUUGAGCAGUACCUCCAGUAUCUUGUUGGUCAGGCUCAGGCAGAAUCUGCAGUCAGUGACAAGGCUGUCCACCGCUUCUUCAAGGAGUACACUGAGAAAGAGCAGGCUGGUGCAGACCCUGCAGGUCCCACUGUACGCAGCAUCAACGCCUACCUGCAACAACCACUGGAGAGGAUUCAGAAGUACAAGGCUUUCCUCAAGGAGCUCAUUCGAAACAAGGCGAGAAAUGGUCAGAACUGCUGCCUCCUGGAAGAAGCGUACGCAAUGGUGUCUGCACUCCCUCAGCGCUCUGAGAACACCCACCAUGUCACCAUGAUCGAGAACUAUCCCGCCACACUGGAAGUACUUGGAGAGCCAAUUAGACAGGGACCCUUUCAAGUGUGGGAGGGAGCUCCUGGAAUUAGGUCGUCCUCUAGAGGUCACCACCGGCACGUCUUCCUCUUUAAGAACUACUGUAUAAUCUGCAAACCCAAGAGAGACAGCAACGCUGAUACACAAGCAUAUGUCUUUAAGAACAUGAUGAAGCUGAACAACAUUGAUGUGAAUGAGACGGUGGAGGGUGAUGACAGGGCCUUUGAGAUCUGGCAUGAACGGGAGGACUCAGUGAGGAAAUACACUUUGCAGGCCCGAACUAUCACCAUCAAGAACUCAUGGCUGAGAGACCUCCGAGAACUGCAGCAGCGAUACAGCAUGCCUGCAUGGAGUCCCCCUGACUUUGAUGCAAUUCUGGCAAACUGCACAGCAGAGCUGGGACAGACUGUGAAACUGGCCUGCAGAGUCACUGGAGUGCCCAAACCUACAGUCACCUGGUACAAGGAUGGACGUGCAGUGGAGGCAGAUCCACAUCACAUCAUCAUUGAGGACCCUGAUGGUUCCUGCACACUGAUCCUGGACAACAUGACAGCUGAUGAUUCUGGCCAGUACAUGUGCUUUGCCACGAGCUCAGCUGGCAAUGCCAGCACUCUUGGAAAGACCACGGUUCAGGUACCUCCUCGUUUUGUGAAUAAAAUGAGGAAUGCUAUCUUUGUCGCUGGUGAGGACGCACAGUUCACCUGUGUCAUACAGAGCGCCCCCAACCCCAAGAUCAGGUGGUUCAAAGACAGCCGCCUGCUGACUGACCAGGAAAAGUACCAGACCUACAGCGAGCUCCGUAGUGGAGUUCUGGUCUUGAUAAUAAAGAACCUGACAGAGAGAGACUUGGGACACUACGACUGUGAGCUGUCCAAUCGGCUGGGCAGUGCCAAGUGUGCAGCAGAUUUAGUUCUUCCCUCUGCUCUGGCCCGAACUGGUGAACAGGCCAUCACUAUUGAAGUUACUGAGCAGGAAACCAAAAUACCAAAGAAAACCAUCAUCAUCGAGGAGACGAUAACCACCGUGGUGAAGAACCCUCGUAUGAGGAGGCACAGAUCCCCCGGCUUGACUCUUACUGCAGCCCACCGCUCUGAAACCUCCACCCCAGAGCCCCCUGUAGCCAGGCCGAGGAGGAUGCCUACUCCAAGAAAGACCACUAUCCCUACCCUCUACGUCACUGAGCCCGAGGGUGCUGAGGCCAGAGCCAUGGAGAGCAAAUCCAGGUGGGUUGAGGUGGAGGAGGUCAUCGAGUACAAGGUCAAUAAAUCUCCCAGGCUGCCCAGGAGGAGAGGCAUCUCACCUGCAGUCUCUGAUCGUGCAGCCGCUCCCUCCAGACCCAGAAGGUCUCAACUGGAAAACCCAAACACCAACAACUCCAAUAACAAGCUGGUGGAGCAGGCGCAGGCCGAGCUGCACGGAGACGUCAGCAGCCAGCCGCUCUCCUGGGAGGAGGUGCAGGGCAACGCUCCCUCUGCGGAGCCACAUGAGCUCUCAUCCGUCCUCAGUCCAGCUGAAGACGACAGCGACGACCUGGACGAUCAGCAAACUGUCAUCUUUGAACCUGAAGAUGACGAUGACGACCCCAUUCUGUCCAGAGAGCAGGAGCCUCAGAUCAUGAAACAAGGAGAUCGUGUUUUGACCCUAGAGGACUUGGAGGACUACGUUCCAGAGGAAGGAGAGUCCUAUGGCUCCUCCAACGUUCCUGCCGAAAAGCCUUGUGAGAUCUCUGUGCUGCAGAGGGAGAUCGGCGGCUCCGCAGUGGGGCAGACGGUGCUCCUCAACGUGGGCCGGCCCGUUGUGCCGAGGCAGAGGAGCAGCUUCUUCAGUCGCUUCAAGGAGCAUCUCCCCAGCAGCAUUUUCUCCUCCUCCUCUGUCCCUCAAGCCAGCGGAACGAGGCCCAGGACAGAGAGGCGCGUCCCCAUCCAAGUGAGCCACGCAAAGCUGGAGGUGCAGCCUUCCUACUGCUCGGAGGUGCAGAGGGUUGAGGGCGGGCAGCAGAGCUUUAAAACCAAAGUAUCAACGCAGACGUACGGAUACACAUCAGUGGGAAACCCAGUCAUUCUUCAAAUUAGAGAUCACCAUUAUCCAAACCAGUAGAAGCAAUAUUUUAAAAUUGGUACCACGACCCUCUUAGUCUUAAAUGGGGACAUUUCUACUGACCUGAUGAAAAAGAGCAGAGAAAAGAAGACAUAUAUUCACUGCAUUUGACAGACCAUUCCAUUAUGAAGCUUCCCAUCAGAAAAUAGGCUCAUCCUCUGAGUCUUUUGACCAGGUGAGUUGGAAAAUGAAAGUGUGUCACUGUGAGCAGGUUCCAGUUUCCGUUACAACUGCUACAUGUCAUCGAUGUGUUGUACAACGCACAUGAUGGACAGAAGCCAAGAAACUACGGUUUGACAUUUUACUGACGAAAAGAACGUCUGUUGCUGAGAAAGAUUUUGUAAAAUACGUCAUGUUUCUCUCAUGAAUAACUUCACAAAAUCAUAACUAUUGACCUACUAAUAUCACCCGAUCCUUGUAUGAUCUUCAUCAACUUUUACCAUUUUCAUCAACAAAUAGUUUAGAUAUUCAUUAUGCAGUUUGACUUUUGUACAUUCGCGGUGCCUUGAAUUCCUGGAUCAGCAAACGUUGAGAGUUCUUGACUGUUUAUGACGUCAUGACAACGUGUCUUUCUCAGUACUAAUCUAUAUUAAAUAUACAACACUGAUUGUGUAAAGUUGACAGUUGAGGUCAGAGUUGUCGAAGUCAAAUCAUGGUCACCGUGGUAAAAUCUGACCGAGGUUCUCCACUUCUUUGGGUGUGAAUGAUUUCUUAGCGAGCAGCUUUUACAAAUAUGAGAUUUCUACAGGAAAAUCGUUUAUAACAACUUGAUUCACAUCAGAUCUCUAACAGUGUCUCUUCAGAUAUUUAUGAAUUUAAUGUUAACCUUCGCUUUUUAGACAUUUUGAUGCAGAGCAACGAUCCCUUGAACUCACAGGAUACCACAGGGAUAGUAACAUGUAUGUGAUAGAUAUUUAGACGAGUGGCUGCAUGUUAUUUGUUUUUCCAAAGAGAAAUUGGUUUAUGUAAAGUAACCUGACCCGUCGUAGUCAUAUCUGAUUUCAAGUGAAUGUUUGUGCGUUUGUAUUAGAGCUCACUACCUUGUCAAUGCAAUUUCAAACGGGACUCGAGUAACUGAGGCUUUAGUGAUGUGUGGUGGUGAUGUUGGUUAGAGUCUUUGUCUUAGUCAGCUACAAGGACGAUGGUUUAUAUUAAAAGGCACUAACACAUUGUAACUGCUUGUUCUGUACAUGUGUAGUUUUGGGAAACAUGUGACAUCAGUGUCAGUGUUAAAUCUAAAUUAAAUACAUAUACUGAAAAUAAA